UAAAAUAAAAUAAAAUAACCGGCCGUGCCUUCUGCCACGUCGGGGAUGGGCUUGGCCAACACGAUGAAGUCGGUGGGGAAAACCCAAAAAGCGUCGGCGAUACUAUACCACUACCCGUGCCCCGACGGCGCUUUCGCCGCUUUGGCAGCUCACCUCUACUUCUCCGCCGCCUCUCUCCCGGCCCUCUUCUUUCCCCACACCGUCUACAUGCCCAUCACAGCGCAACAGCUUCCUCUCAGUGAAAUUGGCGAUCUUUACCUCCUUGAUUUCGUGGGGUCCCCAGGGUUCGUCCAGGAGAUCUCUUCCAGAGUCGACAGAGUGGUCGUUUUGGACCAUCACAAGACUGCGCUUGAGAAGCUAGCUGAGACUGCGGCGGGUGAGAAUGUGACGAAGGUGAUAGACAUGGAGAGGAGUGGGGCCACCAUUGCUUUUGAUUAUUUCAAGGAAAAGCUUAAGUUUUGUCCUAAUCAGACGGUGUUGGAGGUGGGUGAAUUUGACCGACUUGGACCACUGUUUAAGUUCAUUGAAGAUGGAGAUCUGUGGAGGUGGAGGCUUCCCAAUAGCAAAGCUUUUAGUAGCGGGUUGAAAGAUUCGGGUAUUGAGUUUGACGUGCAGUUGAACCCCUCCUUGUUUCAACAGUUGCUUUCUUUGGAUGUGGAAUCUGUGAUUAGUCAAGGCAAGCUGAGCCUGUUACAGAAGCAGAAGUUAAUAGAUGAAUCUCUCAGUCAGUCUUAUGAAAUUGCACUUGGUGGUGGACUUUUUGGACAUUGCUUGGCUGCUGAUGCAGAUUCCAUUUCCGAGUUAAGGAGUGAAUUGGGACACCAAUUAGCUAGAAAAAGUAGCAAUAUGAAGUUGAGGGGCAUCGGAGCUGUUGUAUACAGGGUCCCGGAGCUUGAAAACGACCAGUUGCUGAAAAUAAGCCUCAGGAGUGUGGACAAUGAAGACACAACACCCAUCUCAGAGGAAUUUGGAGGUGGUGGGCAUGCAAGUGCCAGUUCUUUCAUGUUAAGCUCAGCAGAGUUGGAACUGUGGAAGUUUGGGAAGAAUGCUUUAACAUAGGCAAAGAGAAACAGCCAUUAAGGUGUGGUGGCCCUGUGAAUCACAGACAAACAAGUUGAAAUCCCAUACGUAAAGUGUUCUUCAAUAUGUUCCUAAUUAUUAAUUUAUCAAAUUCGAAUCUUUUAGCUCUUCUUAACUUUGUAGAUUUUAGACACCAUUAGGAUGGUUGUCUCUUUUGUAUACUUUUGGUUCUUGUA